CAAACAGUUGUAAUUAAAGUUUAUGUCUGACAAUGAGAGAUUAGUUUGGUGCCAACGAAGCAAAGAAAUGAGUCUUCAAUUAGUGCCUACUCGCAGUUAGAAACCAAAUUGGCAAUGACAGCUAAUCAGCAAUAAAGGAGAACCAGGUUUCAGCACUCAAUCAUGGCGGACAGAUAUGCCAAUGGAGUCACCACCAGUCUGGUUGAGCCCACAAAUGGAACCACUCCCACUGAAAAUGCCGGCGAGGAGAAAAUUGUCCUGAAACGGAAGCUGACCCUUAUCAAUGGAGUGGCCAUUAUAGUGGGAACCAUCAUUGGAUCGGGCAUCUUUAUCGCGCCGACUGGAGUCUUCAUAUACACCGAAUCCGUGGGAAGCUCCCUUUUGAUUUGGUCAGUGUGUGGAAUUCUGUCGACAAUCGGAGCUCUUUGCUACGCCGAACUGGGAACGAGCAUCACUAGAUCUGGCGGGGAUUACGCCUAUCUGCUGGUGUCCUUUGGACCGCUGGUGGGAUUCCUGCGGCUCUGGCUGGCGCUGCUCAUCAUCCGGCCAACAACGCAGACCAUCGUGGCCCUAACCUUCGCCCAUUAUGCCGCAAAACCUUUUUUCCCGGACUGCGAUCCGCCACAAAUGUCGGUGAAACUAUUGGCCGCCGUUUGUCUAACUCUGCUCACCGCCAUCAAUUGCCUGUCGGUGAAGGUGUCCAUGAAGGUGCAGGAUGUGUUUACGGUAGGCAAGUUGCUGGCCCUCAUCAUGAUUAUCCUGGCCGGACUUUACUACAUGGCCACCGGCAAGUUGGAGAACUUCAGCAAUCCGUGGGAGGGCACCUACAGUGCCCGCAACAUUGGCUACGCCUUCUACUCCGGCCUGUUUGCCUUUGGCGGUUGGAACUACUUGAACUUUGUGACGGAGGAGCUGCAGGAUCCCUACAAAAAUCUUCCGCGUGCCAUUUGGAUUGCCAUGCCUCUGGUCACGGGCAUUUACGUUCUGGUCAAUUUGGCCUAUUUCGCAGUGGUGAACAAACCGGAGAUGCUCAGUUCGUUGGCCGUGGCUGUGACCUUUGGAAACCGCGUUUUCGGACCGCUGGCGUUCAUGGUGCCCAUUUUCGUGGCCUUGAGCACUUUUGGGGGUGUGAAUGGGGUGCUUUUCACCUCGGCCCGACUGUUCGCAACUGGAGCCCAGGAGGGUCACUUGCCCAAGUUUUUCCAGCUUUUCCAUGUCAAGCAGCAGACCCCGAUUCCCUCUCUGAUUUUUACAUGCCUGAUGUCGCUGAUAAUGCUACUCACGGAUAAUGUAUACCAGUUGAUCAACUACUUCAGUUCGGUGCUUUGGCUCUCAGUGGUGGCCAGCAUAGCCGGAAUGUUGUGGCUCCGGCAUAAGAGACCUGACAUGCCACGCCCCAUAAAGGUAAAUCUCGCGCUGCCCAUUAUCUUCAUGGUGAUCUGCGUGACAUUGGUCCUGCUGCCGAAUCUGGAGGAGCCAGGUAACCUCUUGAUCGGCAUCCUGAUCACCGUGGCCGGCAUUCCAUUCUACUACGUAUUCAUCGCCUGGAAGACCAAGCCCAAGUGCUACGGAAGACUCUCCAACUCCGUCGUAAACAUUUGCCGGGCCAUCUUCAAUACCACCAUAAUCGAAUCGAAUGAGGCGAUUAACUAAAUCUACGCAACCCAACGGAUUAUCGUAGUUAAUGAAGUCCAAAAACACUCGUAUCUGAUAUUCGAAAACUCUAAAAACUUGUUGAAUUUUAAACAGUUUUAAGCACACCCUCUCCCAUAUGUAUGAUAUUUUCGCUAGACAAUUGGCAUUCCUCACAACAAGAUCGGCAUCUAUUAGAAUUUAGUUUUAAAAUAUGUAUUUAUUUGAGUCAGCUUCUCAGUUAUCAGGAUUAAAUUUGUUGAUUUCAACACAAGGCCUUUUGGCCCACUUGCCAA